AUGCUACGGAAUGAGAAGAAAUCAUCAAGAAAACUACGUUCAGGAGAUACUAAACCAUUAGAAGAUAAGAAUUUAUUUAAUUUUGACAACAUAAAUCAUUACCUAUACCGAUCGAAACCAAUACCAUUCAAUGACGACCCAAAUUCAAAUCAAUUACCGUUAUACAGAUAUUUCAGGGAUGAGGUAGAACUGACACCCCAACCUCCUCCACUUAAACAUGGAGAAAUCAAACGAAUUAAAAGAACCAAUAUUAAAUAUGAUCCAAAAAUUGAAGAUCCAUUACCUGAUUCAACUUAUCAUAUUUUUCAUCGUAAAAUGCGUAAAGAAGAAGCUCAAAUGUUAAAUGAAGAAAAAAUUAAAAAUUUAAUGGAAUUAGAUAAUUUUCAAAAUUAUUUACAAUUAUUAAAUCAAUAUGAUUGGAUACGUCAUUUACCUCAAAUUACUAAAAUUAAUGACUUAAAAAAUUUAGAAGAAUGUGAAGAAAAAAGACAGUUAACAAUUGAUGAAAUAGAAAAAAUGUUGAAAAAGCAGUCUAUUUGGAAGAAAAAAAAGGAUGAGUUUGCUAAUAAUGUUAGAUUGUAUCAUAAUAAAGGAAUCGAAUUUGAAAUUGUUAAUAAUGGGCAUAAUACAAUUCAAGUUGAUGAUGAAACAAAAGAAGAAGAAGUUCCAAUUGAGACAGAUGAACCCGAAGUGGACGAACCCGAGUUAGAUGAGCCUGAGUUAGAUGAGACUGAGUUAGAAGAAAUAAUUGAAGAGAGUCAAAGAUUGCCUAGAAAGAGAGGCCCUAAACCUAAAAAUCCAAUAUUGAAAUCUCCAAUAAAACCAAGAAUCAAAAUAGUUAAAGAAAAAUUAGAUGAAUUGAAUAAGUCAAGUACUAUUGAUAUUUAUGGCGCGUCUAAUAAUUUAUUUGGAAUUGAUGUUUUAGAUUUAAAAGUAUCAGAAAAAGGUUUUCAACUUCCAGUAGGUUGGAGAAAACAAUUUAAUACAAAGAAAUAA